GAGGACUCUCCGGAAUCCGGAAAAGAUCAACCAAUGAAAAUCGAAUACGUCCAACCAAAAUUUGAAAUCAUAGAGUCAAUGCACCGUUUGUAUGCUGUCCCAUCGGAGAAACUUCGAGUAUGGUCUAUUUGGUUGUCUCAAAUCACCGAUGAAGCUGAGAUAUGGCAGAAAUGGUUAUGUGCACAUAUCGAUCUUAUCAUACGAAUGGCAGAAAAUUUGAAAGAACUCGAAGAGGAGGAUGUUUCCAAGCCAAGAAAAUUCUGGAGAGCUGAUCAAAUACGAAGGAUUUUCGCAUACGAAGAGGAUGCCAUGGAGGAGGACGGUAUCGAAUAUCCAGAAGGAGUGGAAGAUUUUUACGACAGUAAGAUACGCAUUUACUUCGCUGAUAAACGAAGAUUUUAA